AAAAACGAGUAAUAUUCAGAUUCUCUUCCCUUUUUCAGACUAGGCUCAACUGUCUUGAGUCAUGUCUGAAACAUGGCUACAGCAAUUUCUAGAAAGGCUCACAAAUCAGGAAACUCUGGUUUAGCAACCUCAACCUUUAUCUUAUAAGUCAUUAGAUGAGUGAGUAGCUUUACAAACAUCCCAGUUUAAACAGAGCUUAUGUUAUUGGGGAACUUGAUGAAAUUGUUCUGAAGGAAUUGUCUUUGAAAGUGAUCCAGGAGCCAGCAUUCCAGUGUAGUCUCGAUGCUGGCAGUGGAGUACUGGCUCUUAGGAAGCUGGUCGUAAAGAACUUGUGAGCUGCUGUGUUCUGUGUAUGAAGAUGAGCAGGAAAAGGAAAAAUCACUAGCAAGUUCAUCUGCUUCUUACUACACCACGUAUUAUAAAUUUGUGGUUUGGUAAUUAUGUGAGAUGGUACUCGCUAAAAGAGGAGCGGAGGGAAUGAUCUAGACCUUGUUCUGAAGUAUCGUGCUUUAAAGGUAUUAUAUUUUCAAGAAAUGGUGUGACCUAUUCAGUAUUAAAGAACAUCAUUCACAGGAAAACGUUUGUUUUGUGACAAACUUUUUAAACUAGAAUGGCUUUGAAAAAAAUGCCUAAACUAUUCAAGAAAUUAUUUUUUCACUGGAAACUUUGGAAAUUUAGCAUUAUUGUGUUUUUCUUUCUGGUAUUUUUAUUUUUAUUACAAAGAGAAGUGGGCAUUCAAGAUUUUAGAGAUGAAGGAGGGAUUGAACCAAUUGUCAGAAAGAAAAGUCAUGUAUUAGGUCUUGUGCUAAAUGCUAUGAACAAUAUCAAUGGUGCAAAGCCAAAAAUGCAGAUAAAAGCACCUGUUCGGCAAACUAAAGUUCCUGGAGAGAAACACUGUUUGCCAGGACACUAUACUGCAACGGAACUAAAACCCUUUCUAGAUCGACCUCUUCAAGAUCCUAAUGCUCCUGGAGCUUCUGGUAAAGCAUUCAAAACCAUCAACUUAAAUUCAGAAGAGCAGAAAGAAAAAGACCGUGGAGAAGAAAAACACUGUUUUAAUGCAUUUGCAAGCGAUAGGAUUUCGUUACACAGAGAUCUUGGACCAGACACUCGACCUCCUGAAUGUAUUGAACAAAAGUUUAAGCGUUGCCCACCAUUGCCAACCACAAGUGUUAUAAUAGUUUUUCAUAAUGAAGCGUGGUCCACUCUGCUCAGAACUGUUCACAGCGUGAUGUAUACAUCUCCGGCCAUAUUGCUAAAGGAAAUUAUAUUGGUGGAUGAUGCCAGUGUAGAUGAAUACUUGCAUGAUAAACUAGAUGAAUAUGUGAAACAAUUUCAAAUUGUUAAAGUAGUCCGUCAAAAGGAAAGAAAAGGUCUAAUCACUGCACGGUUGUUGGGAGCUUCGGUAGCAACAGGAGAGACCCUUACCUUUCUGGAUGCUCACUGUGAAUGCUUUUAUGGCUGGUUGGAGCCACUAUUGGCAAGAAUAGCUGAGAACUCUGUUGCUGUUGUAAGCCCUGAUAUUGCUUCUAUAGAUCUCAACACUUUUGAAUUCAGUAAACCAUCUCCUUAUGGGCAUAACCACAACAGAGGAAAUUUUGACUGGAGUUUGUCAUUUGGAUGGGAGUCUCUUCCUAAACAUGAAAACAAAAGAAGAAAAGAUGAAACUUACCCAAUUAGAACACCUACUUUUGCUGGAGGUCUAUUUUCAAUAUCAAAAGACUACUUUGAACACAUUGGAAGCUACGAUGAAGAAAUGGAAAUAUGGGGAGGUGAAAAUAUAGAAAUGUCUUUCAGAGUAUGGCAAUGUGGUGGACAGUUGGAGAUCAUGCCUUGCUCUGUUGUUGGCCAUGUUUUUCGCAGCAAGAGUCCCCAUACUUUUCCAAAAGGUACUCAAGUGAUUACACGUAAUCAAGUCCGCCUUGCAGAAGUCUGGAUGGAUGAAUAUAAAGAAAUUUUUUACCGAAGAAACACAGAGGCAGCAAAAAUUGUGAAACAAAAAACAUUUGGAGACAUCUCAAAAAGACUUGUCUUAAGGCAGCGUCUGCAGUGUAAAAAUUUUACCUGGUAUCUCAAUAAUGUUUAUCCGGAAGCAUAUGUUCCAGACCUGAAUCCUUUGUUUUCUGGAUAUCUAAAAAACAUAGGUAACCACAUGUGUCUGGACGUUGGUGAAAAUAACCAUGGCAGCAAACCAUUGAUUAUGUAUUCUUGCCAUGGACUUGGAGGAAAUCAGUACUUUGAGUAUUCUGCACAUCAUGAAAUUCGGCAUAACAUUCAGAAGGAGCUUUGUCUGCAUGCUUCUAAAGGACCUGUGCAGCUUCGCGAAUGCAACUACAAAGGCCAGAAAACCUUUGCGCUUAGAGAAGAGCAAUGGCAGCAUCAAAAGGAUCAAACUCUGUACAAUGCAGCACUACAUAUGUGCCUUACAGGAAAUGGAGAGCAUCCAAGUUUGGUAUCCUGCAAUCCAUCAGACCCCUUCCAGAAGUGGAUCUUUGGCCGCAACCAUUAAGAUUUGCUAUUUAUAGACAGGAGCAUUUUAUUAAAAAAAAAAAAAAAAAAAAAAAAAAAAAAAGCAGUUCCGUUCUACACUGUGACCAUAUACGUAUACUGCAUUUUAAAAUGAUGCAUACUUUAAAUGCAAAAUGUUUAAACAGUUUCUUUUCUCUCUUAUUUAAGUUGGAUAUAAAAUGUGUAGGCAAAGAUUCCCUAGGAGUCUUUUACACCAAAGAAUGUUUGAGAUCCCAAUUAAGAAAAAACGUUUACAGUAUUUCCAUGAUAAAAUUUUAUACGUUGACCAUUGAUUUGUAGAUCUUAUUGUCCCUUUUCACUUUGGGGACCUUGUAUAUUGCUUUUCCACGUAUCGUAAGUACUUUUGAAGAUGACUAAUUUUCUCUGUAGAGUUACAAGAAAUUCUUGUAUACUGUUUGAAAACCAAGAGGCUUUAUAUAUAUAUAUAUUUUUAUGCUUAAUUGGUUGACUUAAUGUUUUGGGUAUUUUUAAUUGUUUAAUUCACUCAAUGAAACUUUCUUACUAUUUUUUAUGUUCCCUCAUUUGAAAAAAUUAAACAUUUGACUUUCUGGUUAAAGCUAAAUAGGCUAGUAUACUGUGCUAUGCCUCUACAACAAAAGGACUGAUUUGCUAGAAGAAAAUGUCCAUUCUCCUUGAAAUAUGUUAUUUAUGUAUGAUCACUUUAAUAGAAAAUCUUCUUAUUCUGAUAUUAAUCUCCUUUUAUUUAGCCAAAACUUUUUGUAUAGUUUUUUUUACGAUUUCAUGAACUUUUGAAUUUAUGACAGUUACACUGUAAGAUUAACACAUUUUUCAGCUUUUUGUUCAUUGUUACUUUUAAAUUGUUAUCCACUAACACAUUUUAUUUCUACCUUUUAGUGAUUUAUGCAAUGUUUAACUAAUGUUUUUAAUGUUAUUUGUACAUAAUUUCCUGUGCAAACACUUAAAUGUUGAUUUUCUUUUGUUUUUAUUGCCAUUUUCCCUUUUUCAAAGGACUGACCUCAGGUUUAACAGUCAAAGUGGUCUUCCUAACUGUUUUGCUAGCUCUUUUAAUGAAAUACUAUAGUCUUGUAAGCAUCAGAAAUAUACUUUAUUGGAUUAUGUAGAGGUAUUACUUCAGAAAUGGCCUUCCUUUGAUUAAGUAUUUUAAAAAUAUUUAUUUCUUUGGUUAUUUUACCGGAUGCACAGUUGUUAAGCACUACUCUGUUAGUCUUCCAUUGCAAUCACCGAUCAUGCCCGUUUUCUGACUGUGACUGUUUCAGACCUUCUUUAAUGAAGGUAACUCCUCUGCACAAAAAUGUCCUCUUAGGGAACAGAGAUGUACUCUAACUUGAAAAUGUUUACUUCAGGGUAUGAAUGUGAGAUUAAUGAUCAUCCCAUACUUAAAACAUCUAAGAUCACAUAAAAAUUGCACUUUACUAUGGUAAACUUUCAUAAUAAAGUUCUAUAUUCUGAUUUGGAGAAGA